GAACAACCACCUCCGUUGACAUCGUGGAUAUUUUUACAUUUCUGUGCUUCAGGAAAUAAGAGCAGAGGUGAAAAGAUCCGUAACGAAGGAGUCAGGAUGUUGUUCAAACCAAAACCACAUUUAUCCCAAGAUAAGAUCACUUUACUUUUCAGAUUUUUAGGAAAUCUUUGCCUCUUCCUUGUUAAAUUAGGUUUAAUGGACAGCAGGUCACUCAUUAACCCGGCUAAUUGAGAGUCAGUGUGAUUUGGCCCCGCCCCCCGCAGGUUUGCCCUCCCUCUGUGUCACCUGGCCGCUGGUUGCCGUGUGCUCUGGUGUGUGUUUCGGUCUCACCUGCGGCUCUGACUGGUCGUCUCUCUGCAGAGAUGUUGGAGGACGCGGUCGGCCUCGCUGCCGUCACCGUGCUGGCCGUCCUGGAGCAAGCUUAUUUCUCUCUCCAGGUGAUUUACGCCAGGAGGAAGUACUCCGUGUCUCCGCCCGCCACGACCGGACCGCCGGAGUUUGAGAGAGUCUUCAGAGCUCAAGCAAACUGUUCAGAGUACUUCCCGGUCUUCAUCACUGUCCUGUGGACGGCCGGAGUCUUCUUCAGCCAAGGUCUGUCCUCGGUCUGUGGUUUGCUUUAUCUAUACGGACGCCUCUGUUACUUCCGUGGAUAUUCACAGUCGGCUCAGGGACGUCUGGCCCCUCUGUAUUUCAGCGCUAAGAUUCUCUGGGUUCUCGUCGGGUUCUCCUCCCUCGGGGUUUUCCUCUCGUUCUGCCGAGUUUACCUGAACGUGGACCUUCUGCAGGAGGUCUGCUUCGCUCUCGACCUGGUCUGAAGAAGUGGAGAAAAACAGGAGGGAAAUGAGCAGAAAAAGAGGCGGAGAAGAAAUGGAAGAAGCUGUGGUCAAAGGUCAGACGUCAGGAGAAGACAGGACAUUUAUUGUCAUUUGUGAUACUAAAGUACUCUUCUUAUUCUCAGUCAUAUUUAUAAAAUGUGCAUAUAUCUGCAGUUUGGUUUGUUUGUUUUUUUCAAUACCUGAAAUAAAGU